CUCCGGGUCAAAAAGUUCUUCUAGAAUUUACAUGCUCAUUCGAGGAAAUCGUAUCUCCACGAACAAGUUUAUGUACUCCGUCGUACACAAAUUUGAAUCCGCAACCUGCAGAAUAUCAUUGAAAGAAGCAAUCAUCCCAUUCCUAAAGUAUAGCACAGAGAUCCUUGCCUCCCUCCCGUUCGCAACUCCUGAUGAGCCCCUUUACUUGAUAUAUUCCAUUAAUCGAGUAAUACAAGUGAAAGCUGGUGCCCUAGAGGCAAAUUUGAAAGCCUUGAUUUCUCGGCUCACGGAAACUAGCAUUCAUACAACUCCACUUGAAAACGGAAGAAUUCAGCAGGAUGUUUGGAACUAAUGCUUAGGCAUUUCAAUACAGCGAGUGUGAAUAGGUCGGCGAAUCGGAAUGAUGUUCUUGCUCAAGCUACUAAGAUUGCAGAUCUACUUAAACACACUGAUGUUUCUUACGUGAAUCUUAGAGAAGGUGUUUCUUCUCUGUCCCGUAGUUCCACGGAGCCUUCAAGCCAUUAUCACCAAGUUCUCAAAUAUGAUUCUGAAGCAUUUGAGUGCUCCAUUCCAGUUCCUGGAAGAAUGUCUAUGACUCCAUGUUGCAUAGUUGAACAUGCAUUUGCUUUGAAGAAAGUUUGCAAAGUUGGAUAAUGAAAUUAAAAGCUAUACCUCAAUAUUUGUUUCCUUGACUUGC